AUGGCUUCCCCGCCGCUCGCCCCCUCCCCUUCUCCAGCCGCCCCCGCCAGGACCCCGCUGAUGGGCAACUGCUGGAGCUGCCGCCUGAUCUGCGGGACGGGGCUGCUGGGAGUCGGCGGAUACGUCUAUUUGAUGGCGCGGCGGCCCAUGAAGUUGGGGAUCCCGCCAGGCCCGGGCCACAUCGCCCAGAUGGUCUUUGGCAUCGGCGUUGGGUGCUGGGGAAUCAUCGUCCUGACGGAUCCCGCGGGAACGGCCUGGCCCAAGAAAUGAGCCGACACUUGGGAGCUGCCUCCCGUCGUGGACCGACGGACACAGUGAAGGACGGACCCGCAGACCCCUCUUGGCUGGUUGGGAGCGGGGGUCUCAUGUGCAAUUCCUGGGCCGCCGCCUCACCCUGCCUCGCCUCUCGUGGGCUAAUAAAGUUUGUGCAAAAGAGAAA